AUGUCCUGCUUCCCGCAGCUGCGGCGCUCCCGCCCCGCGGAGCGCCCGGCCAGCCCCGCCGCCGCCUCCCCGCCGCCCGGGAGCCCCGCUUCGGGCUCCGGGAGCCCCGCAUCUCUGCCCCUGAGCCCCGCAUCUCUGCCCGUGAGCCCCGCAUCUCUGCCCGUGAGCCCCGCAUCGCUGCCCGUGAGCCCCGCAUCGCUGCCCGUGAGCCCCGCAUCGCUGUCCCCGAGCCCCGCAUCGCUGCCCGUGAGCCCCGCAUCGCUGCCCGUGAGCCCCGCAUCGCUGCCCCCGGGCAAGCGCGGCCGCUCGCCGCUGGGCUCGCCGCUGGGCUCGCCGCUGGGCUCGCCCAAGCCCGCCUCGCCGGUGGAGUGCUCCAUCUGCUUCACGCCGUACGACAACUCCUUCAAGACGCCGAAGCUGCUGCAGUGCUCGCACGUGUUCUGCCUGGAGUGCGUGGCGCGGCUGGGCGCGGCGCUGGCCGCGGGCCACGAGGCGCUGCCGUGCCCGCUGUGCCGCCAGCCCACCCGGCUGCCCGGCCCGGGCGCGCCCGGGCUGCCCACCAGCCGCCCGCUGCUGGCCACGCUGCCGCCCGAGCUGCAGCGGGAGCGGCAGCUGUGGAUGGACGGCACCCGCCUCUGCUGCCGCCGCGCCUCGGCCGACGCCGAGAACCCGGACUCGUGCGACUCCAUCGACGUGGCCAUGGCCAAGGCCGAGAGCGCCGAGGUGGCCCCGGCGGGGCUGGCGGGGCGCCUGGCGCGCUGCGACGUCUGCGAGGACUGGAAGCGCAUCGUGCUGCUCUCGGCGCUGCUCAUCAUCCUCUUCUGCAUCGUCCUGUGGCCCGUGCAGUGCGCGCUGAAAACCGGCAACCUGCGCUGCUUGGCGCGGGCCGGCGGCCGGCCCGAGCUGCCGCUGCCCGCGGCCACCGCGGCCCCGGCCACGCGGCCGCCCUUCCCCUAG